CACCGAAGAAGAAGAAGAAGAAGAGCUAAACACGCCCACAUCGGCAAACACAAUAAUACAAGUUCGCUAAGUUUCUUACGUGUUUUUCUGACGCUAAAACACUGGUCGUCAUGUCCACGGCAGCAGUACGUGGCGCUGUGGAGGUGUAUCUGGACCUUCUGUCGCAGCCCUGUCGGGCGCUACACAUUCUGCUUAACUGCGCUAAAAUCCCGCACAAAGUCCGCACUGUGGCUCUGAGGAAAGGGGAGAACAGGAGUCCACACUUCACCAAGUUGAACCCAAUGCAGAAGGUUCCUGUCAUGGUGGACAAUGGCUUCAUCCUAACAGAAAGUGUUGCCAUCCUUAAGUACCUGGCCACCAAGUAUGAUGUCCCAGAGCACUGGUAUCCACGACAACCAGAGAAGCGAGCCAGAGUUGAUGAAUACACAGCCUGGCAUCACAGCAACACACGACCACACUCUGCCAAAGUCUUUAUACUGGAGGUGCUGCUCCCCACCCAGUCUGGAUCUCCGGUGGACAGCAUGCGUCUGACUCGUGCUCUGUCUGAGCUUGAUGACACUCUGGAUAAACUGGAAACCAUGUUCCUCCGCAGGCAGCCUUUCCUCUGUGGAGAUGACAUCACUGUGGCUGAUCUGCUUGCUGUCUGUGAGCUCAUGCAGCCUCUGGGGGGGGACAGGGAUGUCCUGCAUAAUCAUCCUCCGCUGCAGAGGUGGAGGACAAGAGUCCAGUCAGCUGUUGGCGAUGCCUUCAAUCAAGCUCAUGCUGUCCUCUACGCCAUCAGAGAUCGCCGCAAAGCCAAGUUAUGACACCAUGACGGGGCUUUCCCGACCUAAGAUUUCAGAUAGGAUACAUAUUUUUGUGAUUUAAAAAAGUAUUCAUUUAUUGAGAUCAGGGUAAGUCAUGAGGAGAGAUGCAGCUCCCCAUUGUGCCACAUAAAAAAUCAUAAUAAUUAAAGACGAUGUUGGUGAGGCAGACACGAUUUACAAGUCACUCACGUGAAAUAUGAAUUUUUGCCAUUCACAAUUAGCACGGUAAUAGAAAUUCACCAUGAUUAACUUGAGUGUUUUUGAUCCCAGUGAGCGACAGUAUCCUAUUGUCCCAUCAUUAUGUGUGACUGGACCAGGUUGUAGUGCUGAGAUGGAGAUGAGGAUGGUGCCUAUCAGAUCACAUGUGUUUGGUCUGCUCUCACAUUAUUAACAUCAUAGCAGUAAACACACACUACACAACUACAGUUUGAAAGAAUUUUGAUCGGUGCUUUCUGUGGAUCAUGACGAUUCAAUUUCAUUUCAAUUGUAUUUCUAUUUACCUCAAAGGGCUUUACAGUCUGU